AUGUUGGAAAGUGGUAUUGUUCUUGGGCACAAAAUUUCCCAUGUCGGCAUUGAGGUUGAUAGAGCCAAGGUUGAGGUCAUUGAAAAACUUCCUCCCCCCACCAACGUGAGGGAUGUGAGAUCCUUUCUUGGCCAUGCCGGGUUCUAUCGGCGCUUUAUAAAAGAUUUUUCAAUUAUUGAUAAGCCUCUCACAUCCCUAUUGCAACAAGAUAAGGAGUUUUUGUUUGAUGAUGCUUGGAAGAAGGAAGCUAAACCGAGGUUGUUAAGAUGGGUUUUAGUCCUCCAAGACUUCGAUUAUGAGAUGAGAGACAAGAAGGGAGCCGAGAAUGUAGUGGCGGAUCACCUUUCAAGGUUAGGCGAUGCAAGGUUUGAAGAUGAUGGCUUGCCAAUAGAGGACGCUUUAAGGGAUAUUGUGCUAUAUGUCCUUGAAGUGAAAUCGGAGCCAUGGUAUGCAGAUAUUGUGAAUUAUUUGGCUUGUGGUGCCAUACCUCCGUAUUUCACUUCACAACAACGUCGAAAGCUCAAGCAUGAGGCAAAGAGAUAUAUUUGGGAUUAUCCGAUUUUGUUGAAAAGAGGGGUCGAUGGCGGAGCUUCUCCAACGAAUGGCUCUAAGGUGGUGGUCAAUCUUUUCAAGAAAGUGAUCUUCCUGAGAUUUGGUGAUCCAAGAGCAAUAAUUAGUGACGGGGGAUCGCAUUUCAAGCACCAUACCUUCGUUCGACUACUUGAUAAGUAUGGGGUGUCUCACAAGCGAGGGCUUGCUUACCACCCUCAAUCGAGUGGUCAAGCGGAGGUCACCAAUAGAGAGCUUAAGGUGAUUUUGGAGAAGACGGUUUCUAGGACGAGAAAGGAUUGGUCCACCAAACUCAUUGAUUCUCUAUGGGCUUAUAGGACUGCCUUCAAGACUCUGAUAGGGACCACCCCCUACAAGAUCGUCUAUGGAAAGAAUUGUCAUUUUCCCAUGGAGAUGGAGCAUCGUGCUCAUUGGGCAAUCAAGCAAGUCAACUUGGAUCUCCAUAGUGCGGGAGAGCGAAGGCUUUUAGAGUUGCACGAGUUAGAGGAGUUGAGGAUGAAUGCCUACGAGAGUGCAAGUAUGUACAAAGCAAGAACCAAAGCUUGGCAUGAUGCCCAAAUCAUCAAGAAAGAUUUUGUCAAGGGGCAAAAGGUGCUCCUCUUCAACUCGCGAUUGAAACUCUUUUCGGGCAAACUCUGA